AUGCUCACGAUGGAGCGGGGGCGUCCCGCGAACGCGGCCGGACCGCCCCCGAUGGACCCGCUUGAUGGGGUUUCGCUCCUCAUCACCCGGCGGAGCGAGCCGGACGGGAUGGAUUCACUCUUUUGCCGAGCGUCGAGCGCGUCGGGCGGGGGGUUGGACUCGGCGGUCUUCGCGUACUCCCACCAUCUUUGCGUGGAGGUCAAGCUGGAGCCGGGCUAUAGCCCGUACUACAUCAUUCCCCGCUUGGAUCCGGGCGAAGGUCGAGCCUUGCAGCUGGGGCCUCUCCCAGAAGAGCAGCUUCGAUUUGUCUUGGCGAUUUUAUCCAGUCGGCCAGUCUACCCCGGGGUGUUUGAUGUGAACUUUCAGGAGAUUCCAUCCUCCUGUGAGGUUUUCUGCUCGAAUCCUAAGCCGAGCUUUUGCGUGAACCCCUGUCGUGUGGUGAAGACAACCUACCAAUAUCCAACCUAUCGCGGCGUAGAUACGAUGGAGCGAACUUGUAUUACACCUCAAGGGUAUUAA